AUUGCAAAGCAUCACCUCAUCAACAUUCAUAUAUAUAUCGUCUUUAACAAAGUCCAGCUUGAUCGUGAGUUUCAUCUAUGGAAAAUGUUAGAGAUACGAGGGGGUAUGGGCGGAGAACAAGCUGGCGAAACGCAGUAGUUGAAGAACUUGUACCUUCUUCGGGUUGGACGGAGGACCCAAGCACCCAUUAUCUCCUUGUUGAUCUACCUGGUUUCAAGAAUGAUGAGAUUCAAUUUCAAAUUACUGGCUCUGGCAACUUGAUGAUCAGUGGAGAAAGGAAAGUACAUGAAGACAAAAUUGUUUAUUUUGAGCAAACCUUUACAAUGCCAAAAAAUACGAACAUGGAUGAGAUCAGUGGAGAAUUCAGGGGUAAGUUUUUGUAUGUCAUUGUCCCAAAGCAAGCGGUAGAAGAAAAGAGAGCAGAGGAGAAUGUAGAAGGAAAUGUCAGUGGCUCCCAAAGAGAAGACGAGUUGAAGAGCAAGGGAAAUGUCAAUGUAGGGUUCUCUGGAGAGACCACAAAGGAUUUGAAGAAUGAAUCUGAAACAAAUUCAAAAAAUGUUGUGGAGAUGCUUAAAAAAAAUAAGGGUAUUCUUAUGACGGCCAUCUUGGCAUUUUCACUAGGGGUAUUGGUAACAUGUAAAAUGUAUCGCCCUGAUCCCAGAGUCAGGGAGUUAACUCCUAUCCUCUCAUAAUCAACUUCAACAAUGCUAAUAUAUUUUCCAAAUCCAAA